AUGGCUACUUCACCUUUCCCCUCCCUUACCAAAGUAUGGCACAGCAAACCGUACCCUGCCAUCUCACCCUCGCGCUCGGAGCUCUCGGCGAAAGGCAAAACUGUCGUUAUCACCGGUGGCGGUACUGGCAUUGGUGCCAGCAUCGCGAAGGCCUUUGCGGCCGCUGGGAGUACUAAGAUAGCUAUCAUGAGUCGCACUCAGAAGAACCUCAUCAUGACCAAGCAGGCCAUCGAAGCAGAGUUUCCCGAGGUAGAGGUCCUGGCUGUGGUCGCGGACAUCACUAGCACGGCGCAGGUCGAUGAAGGCUUCGACAAGAUCAACCAAGCUUUCGGCAAGAUUCACGUGUUCGUCAGCAAUGCAGGGUUCCUGCCGAUACCCAAGCCAUUGCUCGCCCCCGAUUUCGACAUUCAGGACUGGUGGACUACGUUCAGCACCAAUGUCCUCGGGGUGCUACACUCUGUGAAGGGGUUCGUCAAAUACGCGGCUGAAGGAGCCUGUCUCCUGCAUAUCUCUACGUGCAUUUCUCACAUUCCGCCGCUGGAGGUCGGCAUCUCCGCCUACGCUGCAAGCAAGGCGGCUGCGAACAAGCUAUUUGACUACAUGGCCAUGGAGAAUCCCGACAUCCAUGUGGUAAACGUCCACCCUGGUCUUAUCGAAAGUGCCAUGAGUCGUAAGAGCGGUCAUGGAGGUCUAGAUGAUGUCGAACUGCCCGGUCGCUUUUGCGUGUGGCUGGCUAGCCAGGAAGCCAAGUUCCUUAGAGGAAAAUUCGUAUGGGUGAACUGGGAUGUAGAUGAACUGAAGGCCAGGAAGGAAGAGAUCAUGGGCACUGAUUUACUCAACACUGGCCUUUGGGGGGUGUCCUUUAUGGGCUGGGGUGGAAUAGAUGUUUGA